AUGUGUGCAACCGAAGAGAGUACUUCUCAUGCAUUAUCAGGAGGUGGUCAUUCUCCUGCUGUUUCAAGUGAGCAACAGGCAGUGCCUGUUGCGACUAGCUCACGUGGUGAGUCACCAUGUACGACAGAUACAUCCGCUGCGUCUGCAGCGGGUAAUGCGACUCGCAAUUUGAAUGAUCCUGAAACAGAGCUUAUCUAUUCAGGAGAUCCGGAAGAUGUGUCCGACUCGAAGGCGAAACCUCAUGCCUCCGGAUCAUCCGGGGCGGAUACUGCAAGAGCCAGGUUGACUGUCUCUGGGGAACUUGGCGCUAUCAUGUCCGAGAUCUUCGGACCAAGCGAUUCUUCUGACGAAUCCUCACCUCACGCAAGUCCAUCUGACAAUAGGAUGCGUAGUGAUGGUGGUGAUGCCCCUGUGUAUCACCACGAGUGA